UAAAGCCUCUCUCCUUGAGUUCUGGAACCUCCCAGACCGAGACAACCUUUCUCUCCUACCUCUCGGGGUCAGUCUACUCCAAGGGUACCCAACUUGGGCCGGGUGUGAAAUCAACCUGACAUUUCACUAACUUCAGUUUUAGCCUUUAUACAAUUUCUGGGUAACCACAGCUGUUCCUUUUGGGGGUGGCUUUUUUUUUUCUUAAUUAACCUUUAUUCACCAAGUCCCCCCAGUCGCUUUGUGUAGUAAGUUAGGCGGUGACGUAAGUUUGCUAAUGUACCUUUUAAAGGACCUCACCUCGCCGCAGAGAAAAUUAAGCCCUGGAAAGAAUUUGGCUCAGCAGCCGGCCAAUAUAGGGAGGAGGGUGUGUGUGUGGAAAAAGACAGGGUUAAGCAAUUAAUUUUUAAGCACUAAAUAUUUAUUGACAGAGUGUCUCUCCAGGCAGUGUUCACAUGCUUAGAGCUGAAGCUUUUAACUUGGCAGUGCUGUUUAAGCAAACAAAGUCAGUCAGUUGAACGCAAUGAUUAACAGGAAGUUGGGGAGCUGACACAGUGGGCAACCUUUGGCCGGGAGAAGAAGCUACGGUAGAAAUCUUAGAGGGAUCACUUGCGGAAUGGUGACCUCACCCUUCGGUGAUUUUAAUGUGGGGACGGGGGGACACAUUAGAAUCAGAAUCUUCCCGAGGCGGCUGGUUUUCGUGUGGUAACAGGUGGCAGGUUCACCGGAGAGAGAGCAGAGCAGAUGUCCCCAGGAGCUACUUCAGAAAUGUGUCAUAGAGAGGUUGAAAUGAAACACAGCCGCGAAUGAGCCGGAAAGGAAGAAAGAAAAAGGACAAAACCGUCGCCUGGAAGGGCCCAGAGCAGUCGAUCAGAAUUGCGAGUCCCCAGAGGAUGAUUUAUGGAUUCCGGAGGCAAUGUAAGUUAAAUAUAUCUACACUCUGAUCCGAUCUCAAGAGGCGUUUACUCACUUUCUGGCUUUGAAUGAUGGUCUCUUCGAAGCAUUGUCUUUUUAGUGUGUCUCUUAUCAUGGCCCUGAUCUUUGUAUUUGUUUAUAAGAACGAGUUAAGGGAGGAUAAGCGUUUUCUGAGGGCAUCUCUGUCCAAUGCCUCGCUGUUAGCAGAAGUCUGUCAUCAGAUUUUUAAGGGGAAGGUUUUUUACCCAACAGAGAAUGCCCUGAAAACUACCCUCCGUGAAUCUACCUGCUAUGACUACAUGGCUCAAAGUCACUAUAUAACAGAAACGCUCUCUAAGGAAGAAGCGGGGUUCCCUUUGGCUUACACAGUGACCAUCCACAAAGACUUUGGCACUUUUGAGAGACUCUUUAGGGCGAUUUACAUGCCCCAAAACGUCUACUGUGUUCACGUGGAUGAAAAGGCGACGGACACAUUUAAAAAUGCGGUGAAGCAAUUACUAAACUGCUUCCCAAAUGCUUUUCUGGCUUCUAAAAUGGAGCCAGUGGUCUAUGGUGGGAUUUCCAGGCUCCAGGCCGAUCUGAACUGCAUCAAAGAUCUCGCGGCCUCCGAGGUGCCAUGGAGGUACGCCAUCAACAUGUGUGGGCAAGAUUUCCCCCUGAAAACCAACAAGGAGAUAGUUCAGUAUCUGAAAGGAUUUAAAGGGAAAAACAUUACCCCGGGGGUGCUGCCCCCCAGUCAUGCUAUCGGACGGACUAAAUAUGUCCACCAAGAGCUAUUACACCAAAAAAACUCCUACGUGAUUAAAACGACAAAAUUAAAACCUCCACCUCCCCACAACAUGACCAUUUACUUCGGCACUGCCUAUGUGGCCCUCACGAGGGAAUUCGCCAACUUUGUCCUCCAAGAUCAGCACGCACUCGACUUGCUUUCCUGGUCCAAGGACACCUAUAGCCCCGAUGAACAUUUCUGGGUGACGCUCAAUAGGAUUCCAGGCAGAACGCCUUUCCUGUGGAGAAACAAACUGAGGAUUCAAGACAAGUCUUCUUGCCGGGAAUACCUGACCCAAAGCCACUACAUCACAGCCCCUCUGUCUAAAGAAGAAGCCGAAUUUCCUUUGGCGUAUAUAAUGGUCAUCCAUCACCAUUUCGAUACCUUCGCAAGGCUCUUUAGAGCGAUUUACAUGCCUCAGAACGUCUACUGUGUUCACGUGGAUGAAAAGGCGACGGUCGAAUUUAAAGGCGCGGUGGAACAAUUACUGAGCUGCUUCCCAAAUGCUUUUCUGGCUUCUAGAAUGGAGCCAGUGGUCUAUGGGGGGAUUUCCAGGCUCCAGGCCGACCUGAACUGCGUCAAAGAUCUCGCGGCCUCCAAGGUCCCAUGGAGGUACGCCAUCAACACGUGUGGGCAAGAUUUCCCCCUGAAAACCAACAAGGAGAUAGUCCGGUAUCUGAAAGGAUUUAAAGGGAAAAACAUUACCCCGGGGGUGCUGCCCCCAGCCCACGCCAUUGGACGGACUAAAUACGUCCACCGGGAGCACCUGGGCAAAGAGCUUUCCUAUGUGAUCAGAACCACAGCGUUGAAAUCACCUCCUCCCCAUAACCUCACCAUUUACUUCGGCUCUGCCUACGUGGCUCUAUCAAGAGAGUUUACCGACUUUGUCCUCCGUGACCCGCGGGCGGUCGACUUGCUCCGGUGGUCCAAAGAUACUUUCAGUCCUGAUGAGCAUUUCUGGGUGACGCUCAACAGGAUCCCAGGUGUCCCGGGCUCCAUGCCAAAUGCAUCGUGGACCGGUAAUCUCAGGGCUAUAAAGUGGAUCGACAUGGAAGAUAAACACGGCGGCUGCCAUGGCCGCUACGUACAUGGCAUUUGUAUCUAUGGAAACGGGGACUUGAAGUGGUUGAUCAAUUCGCCCAGCCUCUUUGCUAACAAGUUUGAGCUGACUACGUACCCCCUCACUGUGGAAUGCCUGGAACUGAGGCUUCGAGAAAGAACCCUGAAUCAGAGCGAAACCGUGAUCCAACCCAGCUGGUACUUCUGAGCCACCGUAACCCGCGAUCGGAGGGCAGCCGUGGCCUUUUCUUCAUGAGAGAACCCGGCCUCGCUUACGGUAACGGUUGUAGCCGCGAGGUCACGGCUGCAGGACCUGGCCGGGCUAUUAUGUGUUACAACACCCGCCGGGCACUGGGAACUGUGCAAUCAGGAGGGCUGCGCAGGUCGAUGCUGGCAUGUUCGGCAUCCUGGCCUUCUCUUGACGGUCGUUCCACGUCGGGCUCGUGAUCGGAUCCGUGGCCAGUGGAACUGGCGUCAGACCUUUGCACCAGAUACUCAUCAGAGCGAGAUGCUCUCGUGGAAAGGAGAGCUAUAGAUAAUACUGUUUAGGAAAAUAGGAACUGUGUUUCUCCGGAGAAGGAAUCUCUUAUGCCAGACCCGUAGCCACGCGUUCAUGGAUACCCCUCCUCUUUGCUCAGCGGACCCCCGGGCAUAGAAACAGCUUCCUGGGCACCUCAGCAAUCUCCUUUAAAACCUGAGCUGCUAGAAUGGAGAACUAGAUCGUGUUUCCUGAGUUUCAACACGAGCACGGUGAGCUUACCGUGUCUGAAGGUCUGUACAGAAUGUAAAGUCGUUAACAAGAGGCGGGAUAUGCUAUCAGACAGCAGUCACUGGCGGCUGCUUCGGCAAAGGGACCCCAGGGAAACGGGACCUUUCUUGUGGGUCAGAACGUACUCUCGUCCCUCUUCCAUUGUUUUCCGUGGCGAAUGCUAAAAAGUUCCCACAGAAUGAAGAUAUUUCUAGAACUGAGGUGCUGUUGCAUGGCUCUCGUCCCAAGUCUCUAACCCUCAGGAAUGAAUCACUCGCCUCUUGGAUCACCACCCUCCACCCCCCACCAAAGUGAUCUUACCUGCAAAAUGGAAUCCAGACUCUAUGCCACGACACUUUAAGGACUCCAGAGUAUUUUCUGAGUAGCUUUACAAUGCUUGGUGCUGAUAAGAGUGCCUAGAUUUUUAAGAGCUUUCAGCUGUGAGUGAGCUUCUCUGUCGCUUAUCCCUUGUCCCG